AAUGAAGCAGUGCGUUUUAAUACUUCUUGUUGUUGUAUUACCGGUAUAAGAGUGACGUGGUAGUGAGUUCAAACAAAAAUUUUGUAGAAUGGCACACGCUUACUUUGCGAAGUGGGCGGUGGGCACCAUUUUGAUUGUCUUCAUUCACACAGCUAUUGCCAGAUAUAAUCCACUAAGAGAUCCCAGCAUCUGUGGGAAACCUGAAUGUAAAGGUGGAGACAAGUUUAAGUACAAUCCUGAAGUUCAGCAGCUCUAUACUUACAAUAUUGACAUUGCAACAUUAUUCAAUGGAACAAGUACAAAUGAAUCCACUUUACACGUAGAAGCCACCAUAAAGUUGGGGUUCAUUUCGGAAUGUGAAGGAAUACUCUCCAUCUACGAUGUAACGUUAAGUGACAACCCCAAUACUGUUGCUGAUGGAGAUUAUGUUACUGGUGAUGACUACGAGCAAUCAAACAGCGAUGCCUUUGCGGAGGACAUUAGCCACCACACAUUACGUUUUUCCUUCGAGGACGGCACUAUAUCGGAAAUCUGCCCAGACGAAAAAGAAAAGAGCUGGGUGUUGAAUUUUAAACGCGGCCUUUUAUCGGUGAUUCAAAAUACCAUGAAGAGAAUCGAUUUAGAUUACAUCACAAUUGAAGAAGACGUGCGAGGCCACUGUCAUACAUCUUACAAAGUUGAAGGUACAAAGGAAACGAGUCUGUUAAUCGAAAAAAGAAAAGAUCUCAACUCUUGUACAACGGGUUCAACAUUUCAGUCAUUUUUACAGUCAACGCCUUACAAUUUUCAGUCGGUGAGUAACAAAUUACCCAAAUUAUCCUGUUUAUGUAACCCCUUGCAGGUUACUUCCGAAAGAGACAGUUUGAUGAAAUCAGAAAGCUUGUGUAAAAUGUCAAUUGACCAUAACAUCUAUAAUCAAAUCACGUGUGAGGAGACCCAUGCGUUCCAACCAUUCUCCCAUAAUGUGGCAGGAGCCGUAACUGUAUUAAAACAAACACUAACUCUUCAGUCAGACAUUAGUGGAGUCGUAGAAGAUUUACCGACCAUUACCAAAAGAACAACUUUACUAUACGAUCAAGUACCAACACCAAAACCAACGUCUGGAGAACUGAAAGCGUCACGAGAUUUAAUAAAACAACUUUGCAAACUGAACGCUAACAAUUUCCAAGCCGAAUUUUCAGAUUUAUUUACACGGUUCAUCCAUACGGCUCGCCAUCUUUCGUAUACCGCAUUGUCCUCAUUAUUUGGUCACGCUGAUACAAUUUGCAUAAGUGGAAGGAAACACAUGCUUGAUGCUUUACCGUAUGUAGGAAGCAGUGCAGGUGUAUCAGUAAUGAAAGACAUAAUGCUAAAUAAUAGCAUUUCUGAUGAUACAAUGCACGAUUGGUUGAACAACAUCGCUUUUAUUUCGCGUCCCGAUGAAGACAUGCUGGAAGCUGCAAGUGAAUUAUUGCUGCACAAGGGAAGCGACUUCACUGUUACAUUAACCGUUACUGCCUUGACACAUACGUUCUGUGUGCAAAAUAAGCACUGCUUGUCAAAUGAGUUCGUCGAAAAAAUAGUGACGUUUUUAGAGAAAGAAAUUUCAAAAAGGUAUACCCGCGAAAAUGAUUUCGAUGCACAAGAAAGUAUGUUAGUUUCGUUAAAAGGACUGGCGAACAUUGGAGUUCUAUCGGAACAUUUCAAGAAUACUUUGUUUUCGAUGGUAAAGGAUAGUACUCUGAGCGUAGCACUCAGGAUAGCCUGUGUUGAAGCAUUUCGACGAUAUCCAUGCGAAGAAACCAGUAGGUUCUUUGAGUCCAUUUAUCGCAAUCAAACAGAAGAUGCCGAGGUUCGAAUUGCAUCGUAUCUUCAGAUUAUGCGAUGUCCUCAUUAUUUGGUUAUUAGGACCAUUCGCCAUAGUUUAGAAAACGAAGAAGUUAACCAAGUGGGUUCAUUUGUUUGGAGUCAUUUGAAGAAUCUUUUGAAAUCUUCCGUUCCGAGCAAAGUGGAGAUCCAGAGUGUGCUUAAUGACAAAGAUUUGAGUAAAAAGUUCAGCAGUGACAUACGAAAAUUUUCACAUAAUUAUGAAGGCUCGGUGUUCUUUGAUGAAUAUAACGUCGGUGGCAGUUGUGAAAGCAAUGUUAUUUUCUCGCCUUCAUCGUACGUCCCUAGAAGUCUCAAUUUCAAUUUGACGGUCGAUUUGUUUGGGAAGUCCAUCAAUAUACUAGAGCUGACAAGUCGAGUUGAGGGUUUCGAAAACUACCUGGAAUCGGUGUUUGGUCCAAAAGGUCCAUUGAACGCAAAAAAAUUGCACGAUAAGUUACCGAGGAUGAGAUGGCCAAGAAGCAAUUUUGACAACAAACAGUUAUUGUCGGAAGUAGACAAAAUGGCCGAAUCUAAUCGCAACAACUUUGGUGAACCGAAGGUUUCGUUAGGAAUGAAGAUUUUUGGGAAUGAUCUCAAACACAAAACCUUGAAAGGGAAGGACGAAAUCUUGAAGGCCAUAUAUAGCUUACAUCCAAUUGAUCAUAUCAAAAGGCUAGUUUCUGGAAAAGAAUUGAAUUACAACAAAGCCGCAAUGUUCAUGGACAGUAACUAUAUCGUACCGACCGGCUCUGGUUUCCCAAUCAUUUUGAAUUCUGUCGGAACCGUAUCAGUAAACUUAAAAAUAUUUGGAUCAUUAAAUGCGGAUAAUUUCUUGAAAACUAAAGCUCUGGAUCUAGUGGGAGAUAUAAGGCCUAAUGCUGCUGUAGAUAUUGUGGGCACUAUGUCGGUCGAUGCAUUCUACGCCAGUACAGCUAUAAAAUUGAAAACAAACGUGUAUACUUCAACGGCAGUAGAGGGCAAUGUUAAAGUUCGAGGAACUGAUGUAAUUAGUGCAACAUUCAGCCUUCCAAAUGAAAAAUCAGAACUAUUUGGCGCACAAUCCGAGCUGAUUGUUGUCAAGGGAGGAGUGGAACACCAACAAUCUGGAGUGGAGGGAAGUGCCGUGGAAAAGUCAACCUGCAGUUGGCCCGUGUUUGAAAAAACCCUCGGACUCAAGUUGUGCGCCCAUUACCAUUAUCCUAAUGUAACUCGCAUAGAAACAGCGCCUUAUUUUCCACUUGCGGGCCCGUCUGGGUUUGGGCUUUCACUGCAAAAAACCGCUCAGUCUUAUAUUUUGGAAUAUACGUGGGAUAAGAAAAGCAAAAAUAAUGCAAUGACCCUUACAUUUGACGCCGUGGGCACGGUAGAGCGGAGAUUAAUGAGUGCCAACAUGAGCUUUCAUCCAUUGGGAUGUGAUUCCAACCUUGCGUUAAACGCACCAGGUUAUACCAUUUUAACGCAUGGGAGCUUAAAAAACACAAAAGAUGAAAAAUACCUAAAAAUGACUCUAGAUAUAAACAACAAAAAACACUUUGACGCCAGUUUAUCACUGAAGCAAGCAGAGAGUCAGAAUGGACACACCUACUUCCCAAAGGCAUACUUAGGCGUUAAUGGAGAGCGUGUAGCCGAAAUUCAAGGUACUCUGAAAUGGAUGACAAAGAAAAGUAUUUCGCAGUGCGACGUCGACCUAACAUUCCACACUAAGAGACUAACUUCUAAAGUGUUCGGCUACGUAUCAAAGACGGACGGAUCGGUAGGAGUUAAUUUAAAACUGGAUUACAAAUUUGUAAAUACGAAAGCACAAAGAGCAAUAUUAGAAGUUUUGUUAGCUAAUCGUUCCACUCGUACCUUAAUGGCAUUGAUAGGGGAUAUCAAAGUAGAAACUACAGCGUAUCCGCAUUUUAACUUUGAGGCAGCACUUAAAUUUCAAAGAGCAGCGGGUCGCUUGGAAAGUAAGUUGGAAAUCACUUCUGGACUGAAUAGUCGUAAUACUGAAAAUGACGAUUCCAACAGGCUGAAAGUUUUGAUUGAAAUUAAGCAUAAAACUACAUCGGGUGGUUACGAUUUUGAAAUAAAGACGUUAGCAUUAAAACCGGCUUCCGACCUACAUUUAGGUGUGCAGGUCCUUUAUCUAGUAAGAGGGCCUACUUCAGACCUAAAGGCUCUGCUAAAGUACUCCAAGGAGAAACAAGCUGUGAUCAACGUGUACUGGUCUCAUCCACAUGGCACUCUUGAACGCUACGAAGGACUUAUAAAUGUAACAAUUCCACAUCACUCACCAAUGAUCGCCCAGUUAAAGGUCAACGAAAGGAAGACCAACAACUACGACAUUACGCUAGAUCUCUCUUGGUUCAGUGGACAUAGUGCAAAUAUUCGAGGAAUGUACCAAGACAGAAGUACACUAACGGCAUCUAACCAUCAUCUGAAAACCAUAAUAAAAUCGGCAAGUUUCGCUGAUUUAGAAACAGACGCGCAGCUUUAUCAAGACGAUAUCGAAUUCAAAAUCCAGAUAAGGGCAAACCAAGGCGGUGAAGAUUACGCACUGUUUUACAAACACGUAAUGUCGUCCCUGCUGGAUAUUUCUACUCAAGCAAGACUCAAAUACAAUAAGCAAAUUUACUCGGUGACUAGCUCCGUUAACUUGAGAGAGCGAAAGCAAGUGUUGCUAGAAUUUCACUUAGAUCGAUUUCGGGAUGUGUACGUAGAACUAUGGUGCGAUAAUAAGGAAUUGCACAAAACGGCAGGAUUUGAAAUCAAAUGGGAUGCGAAUCGCGACCCCAAUCAAAAGCUCAUCGUAACAAUUGAGUUUAAAAAUCCGGAAUUAUAUAACUAUGGAGGAAACUUGAUAAUCUCCUACCCUGGGCGAGCUGUUAAUGGCAUUUUUAAUUUGCACAUAAAGAGCGGUCAGUUUUUUACACAAACAUAUUUGGCGUGGAGUCCAACGGACGUUUUGUCGUUUACAUUAAACACGGAAUUCUCAAAUGAGGCCGAAACAGUACUUUUAAUGAAUUCGCAGUUAGUUACUCCACUGGAAGAUUGGAAGAAAUGUUCACUUCAUACAAGAUAUAACCAGAAGAACAACAUGUAUAGUUUGAACAGCAGUAUUAAUUGGAAUAAUAAUAAUCGCAUUUCCGCUGAAGUGUUUAGAGACUAUGAAAAAACAAACACCAACACCAGAUAUGAAUUUUCAAGUUCAGUGAUUAGUACAGUGCAAGACUUCCCUUCAGUUACCCUGAGCUUAAAGCACAAUCAGGAUGUGUCCAAAAUGGACACGCACCUCAAUUUGAUGCUAAACCCCAAAAAAGCAAUUACCCUAAAAAGCUCUUGGUUUAUUAACGAAAGUAAGAACAUGAAGAAUUUAACUGGAACAGUUUCUUUAGUAAGCUCCUUUGUUGGGUAUAACAAAGGAUUGCUCGUUAGUAAAAUAUAUGUCACAAACAAAAAAUAUUUACGAGGUGUAGCCGAGUUAGAUCUUGAUCACAGAAAAUAUACGACAAGCGUGGAAGGAUACUACCACAAAUUUUCGGAUAACAUGUUUGAGUUUAACAUAACUACCCCCAAUCAGAACUUGAAAAAGGUCACCGGAAAUUUUGGAUUUCAGGAGGAAAAAAGACAAGCAAUCGCUUUAAUUCAAUACCCUGCCGGUGCAAUGGGAGUUGAAAUAAAGCUGAACAUUGAAAGUCUGCAAAACUUCGACGUAAAGCUUUAUGCGGCCACACCGCUGGAAUUUCUGCAAAUGAUUUUAAUUUUGGGAAAACUCAAAGCGGAAGAAGUCGACUUUAGGGUUGGAUGGAACUCGUUACUCGCCGGAUUUACGGGAGUUUCGCACUACACGAACGUUACAGAUUUUGAAUACUCAUAUCAGAUUUACACUCCUAUUGAAGGAUACAAACAGAACGGAAUUGUUGCUAAACUUAUAUUCAAAGAAGGUUUAGACUUCGAAGUUUCUGUUAAGUUGGCCGAAAAAAGGGUGGGAUUAUCACUUCUUGCUCAACCCAAACCAAAAAUACUAAACGAAAUGGGAAUACAAACGCAAGCAAUUUAUAAUCAAAAUUUUGGCGGUGAUGAUAGCGACGAGGACUACGAGGAAAUAGAGAACCCAAUUAACUGGAAUGGUUUUAUAGAAAUUGAUUCAAUUGUCUAUCCCACUGUUAAUUGCAGUUUCGACAUCGACCAAAUGGGCAACCUUUAUGUUCUUCUGGGGACAGUGUCGCUACGCGAGGGAUUUGUCGAAUUCAAAAACGAAUUUGAUUUCAUGGAUAUCCUAAAUAUAAACAACAAACUCUACGUCAGCACACCAUACACUGCUUACAAGGAGGUUACAUUUAUUGUGGACUUAGAUAUUGUAAUAGGAUACCAAAUUGGGUUUGGUCUGAAUUUUGAUUACCAAAAUCGAAGCGACGUUGUGUCCAUGGGAACGUCUGUUUUGUACAUUUUUGAAGACGGAGACGACUCAAUUCUUCACAAUAUCACCUUUCACUUACACUCACCAUACGAAAGCGUUGAGAAGAUUGAUUUACGAACUUAUUUUGAGAAAGACGUUGACGUUUAUACUGUUACCACUGAUCUAGUUACAAAGAGUACAGACGUGACGGUUAACGCAAGAGCAAAGUUGGAACCAACGAAAUGGGAUAUUAAUGGGAUACUGCACGUCACAACACCCAAUAUUUAUAUACCAGAAACAAAAUUUGAUUUCAAACGAGAAUUUUCGAAGCCGGAAAAUAAGGUGGUACUGAAUUUUGACAUGAAGAGGGAAACGCCUAGUAAAGUGCAUUUAUUAACUAUUUGGAAGUAUAUCAGUCUUACAAACUUUAAAGGAAAAUUGCUACUGGAGACGCCUAUAAGAGGAAUGGAAAAAGCGGACAUUGAAACAUCUUGGGCUUUUACUAAAGGAGAAGGAAAUGGAAAAUUCAAAGUGGACCUUCGACCAAUAAAUAUGGUUGGAAAUUUAACCGUUCAAAACAAUCAACUAAUAUCGACUGUUCAAUCCCAAUUUGGCAAAGAAAGCCGAUUAAUAACAAUUCAGGGACAAUUAUCUGAUGAUAAUUUAAUCCAAGGUGUCGUUAAGACAAAUGACAAAGUGUAUCAAGUAAGCGGUUCUGUGGAAGUAUUUCAGGAUCGCUGGCCCAAGGGAGCUGUGAUUCAUAUUAAACCGCAAGACGGAGCGGUACCUUUCCUUAUACAAUAUCAAGCUAAUCGAACUUUAACAAACGAUAUCUCGUUCAAUGUAAAGUUAAGCCAAGAUGCGACCUUCAUUAAUUUAUAUGCGAACAUUAGAUCGGACGUUAAAGAAGAAUGUAACAUACACUUAGAAGUUACCACAUCUAACACGCGUUAUUCGGCUUUUAUUGUCGACUCGCAAAUAAGAAACACCCUUAACGUGAAAAGCCUGGCCCUAGAUGCUCAGACACCAUUUGAACAUUUGGAAAACCCGCACCUUAAAGUACAAUACAGCAAGUUGGAUGUUAAGCGCAAUUUACAAGUUAUGUAUCAGACAAGCGAUGCUGUUGGAAGUAUAGAAGGCGAGUGGUCUUGGAUAAUAAUGGAAAAUAUGCAAAUUAAGUUUAUCAACAAUUACACAACGCCCAAUACUGCAGAAAGCACAAGUUUUGAAGUGUACUAUAUUAAUCCCACGCCUUCAUUGACUGGUUUACGGCUUGGUGGUUACGCUGCAAUUAACGACAUAUGGAACGUCAGUUCGGAUGCGACAUUGUCAGUGUUAUCCAUGCAGGAUAUAAAUCUGAAAGCUAACGUAAAAUUGCCCAAGUCUAGUGAACACAAGGUCGCCGGGAAGUUUAAUAGUAACAAAGAUUGGACAAACCUCAAUUAUUUGCUAACUUACUCUUCCCCUAAUUCAAAUAAAAGCUAUCUGUCGACAGGAAAGAUUGACUACUGCGCCACCAAACUAAAUGGAAAUGUGAACGUCGAAUUUAAUCGUAAUCGCCUGGAAAACUAUUUCGAUUGGUUGCACAUUGAUGACGUUGUUAACGUUCAUUACAGGAUGCGUUCUCCUACAUACGAAGCAGAGGAUACAGUUGUAGUGGAUGCAAUUUUGAAUAAUCUGCAAAUGUCCAAAAACGUAACAUUGCAUGUGCACUAUCCAGAAAGCCGACCAGUUAUGAAAGCUCAGGUCAAUUUCCGCGAGUUUGCAAAUAUGGCAGGAACGGUAGACUUGGUCACUCCAUUUAAAAAAUACGAAUUUGUGAAUACCAAAUUUAGCGCGGAAACAAGCGGCAUGGUUUACAAUCGAUUUAUAGAACUCUCGUGGCCCAACAAUACCCUUAUUAUAGACGGAAAACGUACUACCGUCCUCGGCAGGUCUGCACUGGAUCGAAAUACUACCGGAGUUAUAAAAAUCGAGAUCCCAUUGAGUACGAAACAUUUGGCAAGAGUAGAUUAUGAAUAUAUGGAAGAACCCAAUGUAUGUUUGGGAUCUGCAUCGGUGGAUUAUAAUGGAAAUAACGUUUUAAACGCAAAGUAUAAUCAACAGUCGGAAUCUCGAGCUGGAUUCGACAAGGAUGUUAUACAUUUCGAAGCAGAAAAUAGUUUCAGACCAGUUGGAGUGACUUACAUACACGGAUACAAGUAUGGCGCACCAAAUGGGUACGAAGACAUAAUCUAUGCUGACUCGAAGCAUUUCGAAGUGUAUGAUCUACAUAAUCGAACAGGAUUUAAUGUAACUUUCGAUGUAGGGUUACAGUCGACUUUCUCAGGAAAAGAAAUAACGAUAACUGCGAUCCAUUCUAAUCAUACUGUAAAACUAUGGAGCGAUUACGAGGUGCUGGAUCAACAAUUCAAGCAACACACAAAGAUCGAAUUAGCGCCUACAGUUUGGGUUUUGUACGAUUUAAAUAUUCUUAAUAAAACAGAGGACGAAAACUUGGGCUCUCAGCUUAUGGAAGUGAAGCUCUCGUAUCCUGGGAGAAGUUUUACGUCAUUUGCCACGUACAACAUCACAGAAAACGAGUUAGCAUCAGAAUUUUCGUUAGUAUGGGAUGAACAAAAACGAUGCAUACAGGCUGCCUUUGAUUGGAAAGUGGAUUCACUCUCUCCCUUGAAUCGGCAGCAAGUCCAAUUCCAAGUUAAACAUCCCAGCUUACAGAAGAAUAUUUCGCUACUGGGAGAAUACGAAAGUGGCGAUAAUAAACUGCUGGAUUUACGUUUUACCGCUGAUUACUCGGUCGAUAUCAACAGAAAAUUGGAAUUGUCUGUGUUACUGGCGGACAAUUCUAAUAAUGUCGCAAGUAAUUACACUUACAUCAUAAACGGUAAACACCCAGCCACCAAAUUACAUUUGAACUCACACGGCGAUAUCUACUGGAAACGAAACUGGUACAGCACGGAACAUUUCCUCGAUUAUAAACGAACUUAUCUACCUCUGCAGUCUAGAGAAGCUUUCGCCAAAAUAGACGUUACGAGCAAAGAAAUAGAGUUCAAGAAAAAAAGUUUGAGGGACUUAUCCUAUUUAUGGGGAAAAUACAUUCCGAAGUUUCCACUUUAUACGGCCAACUUGUCGGCAAUACAUGGGAAAGACAUCAACGCCACUGGAGAGUUUUACCUUAACUUUAAAGAAAAGUUAAUCAAACUUGAUCUUAAUGUGACAGAGGAUGGAAGCGAAAGCGUCCACAUGUACGGGGCGAUUCCCGAUGCUCGAAACGCAGUUUUUGACAUUUGGCGUAACUACGAGGACUCGACAAUUUCCGAUAUUGCUUAUUACUUACGUUUAAAUCAUUCGCGAUUGAUCGUUUCCAGUUUCAAAUGGAGACCUGAAAUGAAACGCGACAUUCAGAACAGCAUCCGAUCUACGACCGUCGGCAUGUACAAUGAAGCAGCUGAAAAUAUUGACUACUGGAGACAAUAUAUUUACGCAGAAACUGUCGAUACAAUUUUAGAUGUCUAUGAAGACUCCAAACCCUCACUUGCGCAACUUUUAGAUGACUUAGAUAAUUUGAGUGGUGUUGAAGAGGAUAUGAAAAAAUUGAAUGAGUAUCUCCAAGAGGCAUACGAGUCUAACGAGUUUUACAUUAGAGACAUUGUAGACUUCGCCGUAAAGCUUAUCGACGAACUGUCUCUGAAAUCACAGAUACAAUGGCUUCCACAAAUCAUUAAUGAGUUUUGGGAAGUUAUGGGUGAUUCUAAAGAAGAAUUCCAGAAACGCAUAUCGUGGGUUAUACAGACGCUAAAAACUUAUUACAAAAAAACGCUCUACUUUAUUAAUGGAAUAGCGCAAGGGAACACUUUAGAAUACGUAUCUGACGCCCUUUCAAAGCUACUUGAACAUUACGAUAGCUUCAUGAAAGGACUGCAUGUGUCUUUCAUUCGUGGGAUGGAAGAAUUAUGGAAACAAACCUAUACGAUGUUGAUUAAUAAUUGGUACAAAACGCUUGCGGCUCUUGAACCCACUUUUAUAAAAUUGCUCCACUAUUUGGAAACAGUUGUCUGGAAUGGGUCUAGGGAUUUUUUGGAGUUUAUAAACCUUCGGCCAAAUGAAAUGGUGGAGUCUCCUUACUUUGGAAAGUUCGCUAAGCUGACUCACGAUAUGGACAAAUUCUAUCAGGAUAUAUCGGGAAAUAAUACCCUAUCCACUAUAUAUAAAUACACAUCAGUUAUUUGGACUUUCGUUAACGAAAGAUACGUGAAAGUGUUACCAUUCAGUAACGAAUUUAGUGAGAUUUUCGCUGAAAUUAGCCACGAGAUAAUGGCGUUGAGAAGAGUGCCCUAUAUGGAUUAUAUAAUUGAGAAGUGCGACGAAAUUUAUGAAAAUGUCGUAUGGCUAGCGAACUAUUUCAGUAUAAAAACAAAAAUUGAAAGAUAUGUAGGGGUUGUUUACAGCAAAUUAAUGGAUUUCAGUCAAACGGCGUUAGAAACCGAAAACCGGCGGCGUACAGCAAAAACGAAAUUCAUUUUCGACCCCAGUGAAGGACUUGUGUACCUUGAACAAAAAUUGCCAAUAUCGUGGCACGCUUUCAAUGAAACUCCAAAAUUUCAGGAAAUACCCGAAUAUAAGGCAAUUAAUGAUCUGCAAAAUUAUUUUACUACAUCCAAGACUAACUUCUGGAAUUUUUAUUACGAUUACAAACCGUACACUGACUCGAGCGAUUGGUUUCCACCGUUUAAAGCUCAAGCCAUGCUUGCUGGAUCGAAAUAUUACGUUACAUUUGAUCGCACAUAUUACAAUUUUCAAGGUAGCUGUACUUACUUAUUAGCGGCGGAUUUCACCGAUCGCAACUUUACAAUUGCGAUGUCCUACGAUGCCACACGUAAAAACAAUAACGAAUUGACACUAAUUGUAAAUCACACCGUAAUUAAAAUUAACGUAGGAGAAGACGUUGUCAAAAUCGCCGACUCGACCGUUUCACGCUUGCCAAUGCAGGUCGAGGAUCUUUUCCUUUACCAAGAGUAUGGAAUUGUCACUGUGGAUAGCGCGUCGGGAUUUGUUUUACAAUGUAAUAUGAAAUUUGACGUUUGUGUAUUGGAACUUUCAGGAUGGUAUUUCGGGAAGACAGCCGGUCUUUGGGGAACAAUGAACAAUGAACCUUCAGACGAUUUAUUUACGUCAAGUGGUAAAAAAGUUGAAAGUAAAGACAUCGAUAGUUUUGCGCGAUCUUGGACGUUAGAUAAAACUUGUUCACCGCGCAUAAAGCCAUCCAUGCAAAAACAUAAUCCACCCGAAGGAGUAAAAGCCCUUUGCGAUGUCUUUUUCCGUAGUAAAGUGUCCCCUUUUGUCGCAUGCUUCCCUAGAGUGUCUAAUGCACCGUUCCUCAGUAUGUGCCUCGACAGUUCUUCCGAGAAAGAAACCUGCACAUCCGCUAUAGCUUACAUGAAUCUCUGUGCGGUUGAAAAUACUCCUUUACGUAUACCGGAAGCGUGCGUUAAAUGCAAUUUACUAAAUGGAACGACGGUGCCGGAGGGAGAAUUUAUUCGUUUUGAGGGUGAUGCAGUUCCCAGAUCAACCGACGUCGUUUUCAUUGUGGAGGCAAAGAUGUGUAACAAGGAUUUGAAAUCUAAACGUAAUAUGGACAUACUGAUCGAUCUCAUCCAUAAAGAGCUUUUCGAAAUGAACAUCACAGAUAACAGGUAUUCUGUUGUAACAUUUGGUGGAAAUGGAGUUUUUAAUUUACCCCGAAGCAUUGCUAUUGAUGGAAACCAUUUUGCAGAUUAUCGUUCUAUCAAGCCAUAUUUUAAAAACAUUCCAACCGGUAAUGGAAGUGACGACAUUUUUGCUGGAAUUGUGUUCGCGACAAAGUUAGUAUUUCGCCCAGGAGUUUCCAAGACAUUUAUUUUGUUGCCUUGCUCGGAUUGUCUCGAAUCUUCUAUGAAGUUGGACUACGCUAUUUUGCACCAAUUGCUGAUAGAAAACGACAUCACGCUACAUAUAUUGAUGAACGAGGAAUUUCGAUUCCAAAAGUCGCGAGUAAAUAAAAUCUUUUUCGGCAUGGAUGGAACUCGCGCUUUUACGAAGAACGAUGUAAGGGAGCUUAAGGGGGAUAGUGAUUUACUAGGACAAGUGCGAAAACCUAAAUCAACCUUAGGGGUUUGCAUGUCUUUUGCUAGGGAUACUAACGGGUCUAUAUUUACGGCAAAGAAGUUGGAAGCAGAUAAAAAGAAUGCAAUAAAACGAUUUGCCGCCGUGUUUGCUAAAAGAGUAGCCCAUUCCGCAACGCCCAAGAAAUGCCAAAUAUGUGAAUGCACAGCACCCAAUACAGGAUUAUCUUAUAUGGAAUGUUUUCCAUGCCACUAUCCAGUUUUUGCGUCGAUUAAUAACGGUUUCAAUGAAGAUGAAAUGUUGGAGGUGAUGCAACCCAUGGACGAAGAUGAAGAAUUUGAUUACUCAGAGGAAUAAAGUCAGAUACGUAGUUAAGGUUUGUGUUUUGUGUAAGUUUUAUAAAUAUUGUAUUUAUGGAAAGAAACGUUAAGUAAAUAAAUUCAUUUUAGUAA